AUAAAUGGAAUUGCCUCACACCAUGUAUAUAUAUAUAUAUAUAUCAUCCCACCUGAUCCUACACUCCACUCACCACUGCUUUUUCACAAAUUGAGAUAAUGAUCAAAGCCACUCCAUGGUUGUUUUUUCUUCUGACUGUAAUAGUUAUUCGGAGCGAUAAUGUACUGUUGCCAGCAGAGACGGUGGGUUUGGACACCGGAGGGUUGAACAGAGACAGCUUUCCAGAGGGUUUUGUGUUUGGAACAUCAACUUCUGCAUACCAAGUAGAAGGUGCGGCUAGCAAAGAUGGCCGUGGACCUAGUGUUUGGGACACUUUCAUCAAACAACCUGGACGUGAACCAAACAAUGCAAGUGGAGAGGUCUCUGCGGAUCAGUACCACCGUUAUAGAGAAGAUAUUGAUCUAAUGGUGAAGCUGAACUUUGAUGCUUACCGUUUCUCCGUUUCAUGGUCCAGAAUUUUCCCAAAUGGAACUGGAAAAAUUAACUGGAAGGGAGUUACUUAUUACAACAGGUUGAUUGACUAUAUGCUCAAAAGAGGCAUUACCCCGUAUGUUACUCUUAAUCACUACGAUUUACCUCAAGCACUUCAAGAUAGGUACAAAGGAUGGUUAAGUCAUGAAGUCGUGAAAGAUUUUGCUGAUUAUGCAGAAUUUUGCUUCAAGACAUAUGGAGAGAGAGUGAAGAAUUGGUUCUCAUUUAAUGAACCAAGAGUUGUUGCUGAUCUAGGCUACGACACUGGAUUCUUUGCACCUGGAAGAUGCUCCAAAGCAUUUGGCAACUGCACAGCAGGGGACUCUGCAACUGAGCCUUACAUUGUUGCACAUAAUCUGAUCUUGAGUCAUGCUGCAGCAGCUCGUAGAUAUCGCGAAAAGUAUCAAGAGAAGCAAAAGGGAAAAUUUGGAAUUAUCUUGGAUUUUGUGUGGUACGAACCACUGACUAAAUCAAAAGGUGACAAUUAUGCAGCUCAAAGAGCAAGAGACUUUGAAUUGGGAUGGUUUUUGCAUCCUCUAGUCUAUGGAGAGUACCCUAAAACCAUGCAAAAUGUUGUUGGAGACCGACUACCAAAAUUCACAACAGAAGAGGUUAAGAUGGUCAAAGGAUCAAUCGAUUAUGUGGGCAUAAACCACUAUACCACCUUCUAUGCAUAUGAGCAUCUAUCCGAACCAAAAGCCCUUGCCUACCGGCAGGAUCAGAACUGUGGAUUUGCUAAUGAUCGCAAGGGAGUACCGGUUGGUCCUAGGGCACACUCCUAUUGGCUCUACAUUGUGCCUUGGGGUCUCUACAAAGCUGUCAACUAUGUAAAAGAACACUACGAAAAUCCUAUCAUCAUUCUAACAGAAAAUGGUAUGGAUUAUGCAGGGAACAUUUCCCUUGCAGAAGCUUUGCAUGACACCAAAAGGGUUGAUUACUACAAAAGCUAUUUGGCCCAACUAAAGAAGCUUGUCGAUGAAGGAGCUAAUGUCAUAGGCUACUUUGCAUGGUCAUUGCUAGACAACUUUGAAUGGAGAUUGGGUUACACUUCUAGAUUUGGUAUAGUGUAUGUUGACUACAAAACACUUGAGCGAUAUCCGAAAAUGUCUGCCUAUUGGUUCAAGCAAUUACUUAAGCACCACAAGCAUUAAAGCUCGCACUUUUCCCCUUGCAUUGCAAAAUAUUCAUUAAAAGUGUAUGCUUGUUUAUGAUGUACCUGAUCAGAGUAAUCAUCACUCAUAAGUUGGUGAAACUCUGCUUGAAGGUUAGAAUUUCUUGUUUCAGCCUAGAGUUUUAUUAGACCCUACACCAGAUAUCCUUUCAGCAAUUUAGAACUGAUGUUUCAAGACUAUUAUUGUUCGUACUGGUUUUCAACGACUUAUUGGAACCAUCUUGAAAUGAAUCAAGUGAACAGAUUUCAGAAUA